UACGCAUCGCAACAAGGAAUAAAAGGUCCAUUCUACACGGGCCUGAAUCGACUCUCCCAAAGCGACUGGGCAUGGACCGACGGCAGUGGGCUCAGCUACUCUAGAUGGGCACCAGGAGAGCCGAACACUAGCGCUCAAUGUGCAGCUGAGAAUUCAACAGAUGCCACAUGGGUCUCGGCUGUCGUAUGUGUUCAACAGUUGACGGUCCCGACGACGCCGACUUGUCCGCCACCACAGCAGCCUACGACCUGUCCAGCUUGCCCUGCUGUACCAGGACACUGCCCCUCUGAAUGGACCUAUUAUUCGAAAACCGAUGCUUGCUACAAGGCAUUCUUGGAUUCAGCUUUCGACCAAGCCGAAACCGUAUGUCAGUCAACAGGAGGACAUUUGACGUCUAUCCACAGUGAUGAAGAGAAUGUUUUCGUUUCAAGCUUGACACACAUGGGCAUUGAGUAUAGAACUGAGAAGCACCUGACAUGGAUUGGUUUGAGAAAGCCCAGCUUCCCAGCUAAUAGCACGUGGGUAUGGACCGAUGGAUCUGUGGUUGACUAUCUUCUGUGGGCUCCUGGGAAACCACAAGACAUCACUGGCAUCCAGAAUUGUGCUCAGAUGUACACUGACUCGCUAGGCAAGAAUCCUGACAAAGACGCGGAUUUUCGACGUUGGAAUGAUGUCCAGUGCGCCACAUCCAUGCGUGCGUACGUCUGCAAGCAAGCCGCACUCCAUUGA